AUGAAUUCCACUCCGUUACAAUCCCUAGAUCUCAAAUAUAGUGCACGCGAUAUCGAGGAUUAUUUUGAACGUUUUGAAAUUUGGUGCUUGACUCGUUCGAAACCCGAUGAUAAAAAGAAAUCCGCUUUCUUUUUGAAUGCUGCCGGUAAAAAUGCUUAUACACUAAUCAAAAGCUUGGCUUACCACUCCCCACUGGUUUCUGUAACAUAUGAGGAUAUAAAAUCCCUCAUCCUACAGAAUGUGAAGCUGACGAACUUUGAAGCGUCAGAGAGUGAGCGAAAUUUCAUUCCAUGGUACGCAAUCUUGGAUUUGCUCACUCAAGCUGUAAAGUGUGAUUUCGGAUACUUACUGGACAUGCAGUUGAGAGACCGGCUGAUCGCUGGCAUUAACAAUACUGUUUUGUAA